CUCAGCACAGCAGGCACACCCGGCACAACUGUUGCUUCUCUUCCCUAACAAAGUGCUUUUGUUCCUGCCAUGCAUAUAACUCAGCUCAACCGGGAAUGUCUUUUACAUUUAUUUUCCUUCCUGGACAAGGACAGCAGGAAGAAUUUAGCAAAGACUUGCUCUCACUUGUGGGAUGUGUUUCUUGAUCCUUUGCUCUGGCCGCUGCUGCAUUUUAAUUCUCUCAUGGAACUGAAAAAAGAUAACUUCCUCCUGAGCCCCGCUUUAAGGUGCUUGUCCAUUUGCUGGCAUUCGAGCCAAGUUAAGGUAUGCAACGUUGAAGACUGGAUGAAAAAUGCCUUGCAGAAAGGUGUUUGCAGCACUCACGAGCACCUCGCCAGUGACUUUUUAGUGAAAGUUUGCAACAGGUGCCCCAACCUCCUGUCCUUGACACUCUCUGGCUGUGGCCACAUCACCGAUGAAUGCAUUGCAUUAUUGCUCCAGAGUUGCCCCAACCUCCAGACCCUCAAACUGGAAAACUGUGUUCGGAUCACCAACCAAACACUGACCGCUGUGACCGCUCAUGGGCACUCACUGAGGACCCUUCAUGUGGAUUUCUGUCGGAACGUGAGCCAAGCGGGUCUGAGGCAGAACCCAACCCCACUUCCUGCCUGGGAAGAUGAUGGUGGCAUACAUCUGGAUUUUGGGGAUCUUGGACACACAAGAAAAUGCUUCAUUCCUCAAAGAACUCUAAGCAGCCUGCCAAUCCUGAAACCCAAAGCCAGUGGUUGCCCAGGGUGCCCCUUCCUGGCCAUCAGCAGAAAUUCCUGCUCAUCACUUCAAAGGCUGGGGUAAGCAAGGGAGAGGGGAGAGAUUUACACCUCAGAGCUUUACAGACUUCCCAUCAUUGCUUGUAACCUGUGUCCCUCCACUCUGCUGGAUCACACCAUUGGGCAAUCAGCAGGAAUCCAGCACCAGAUCAGCUGAAUGAGAUUUUUAAAUGGCUGCUAUGGUUACAGAUUCAGAAACUCUGCUUGACCCCCUGAAAAAUGCCCUCAUUUUCUUAAGUUUCAGAAGUCUGCAUAUGCUUCUUUUUCACUCUUUACAAAUGAUUGGUCCAGGAAUCAGUUCACAAGCUCUGUGGGGAAAAAAAAAUCAUUAAUGGCAGCAGCAGAUUCCUAAAAUUAACCAAAUUUGAAUCACUAAUAUCUCCAGUGUGUUCUGCAUUGAACUGCUUUCAGAGCUUUUUGCAGAGGCAGCUGGUGUCACAGUAAAAAGAUCACUGUGCCCUAAAGUGAGGAAGACCAGAGUUCAAAUUUGACCUCAGACACGUAUUAGCUAUGACCCUGGUCA